AUGGCCUUACGACUUCUUCAAGCAAACCUCAACCACUGCGCCAGAGCCCAGGAUUUGUUUAUCCAAAGCCUGGCGCAGUGGUCAAUAGACUUAGCGGUGACAUCUGAGCCAUACCUGGUCCCGGACAGAAACAAUUGGGUGGGGGAUCUUAACCAACUAGUCGCGAUAUACGCAGGCGGCAACCCCCCAAUUGUUUCUCUCAGAAGAGGAAGAAGUUGUGUAGGAGUCAAACUUUCCGGCAUCGCCUUAAUCGGUGUAUACUUCUCGCCAAAUCGUUCGUUGACGGACUUCGAGGAAUACCUAGACGAAGUCAGUUCUUUCGUCCAGUGGGGAAGACCGCUCGCGGUUGUCGUGGCUGGGGACCUGAAUGCGAAGUCGAGGGCAUGGGGAUCCUCCGUCUCGGACAGCCGCGGCGAGGUUCUAUUAUCAUGGAUGGCGCAACACAACCUGACGCCACUCAACACGGGCUCCGUACACACCUGCGUGCGCAUGCAGGGCGGGUCUGUCGUAGAUGUCACCCUUGCGAGUCCCGCCCUGGCAUGUCGCGUACGGGACUGGGAAGUGUUGACUGAGGUGGAGACGUUGUCGGACCACCGCUACAUUCGGUUCGAUAUUCUCCCCUCGUCAACACCCCCGACCAGUCGGAGCACCGUCACUCCCCCGGAGUUUGGAAGGAUGUGGUCACUGAGAUCCUUAGACCGAGAGGCAGUCGAACUCGCCGCCAUAGUGGGGACGUGGUCUUACAGGAUGGAGAAUAAAGACGUCGACGACGGA